AUGCAAAAUUUCGUGGUCUUCUCAUUGCUCGUCGUGGUUAUGGUGGCUGGGUUCAAGCCGUUGCCUGGCGGCAAUCGAAAGAAAUUGACAUCCUCUUGUGUUGAUUUCUGUAACGGUGAAUCGCGAUCAACGAGCACUGGAUUCAACUUUAAAGGCAAGGGAUGGGAGCUGUGCAAUUGUCCAAUUGCACAAGGAUCUGGACAAUGGGCAAACAGUGGUUGCUGGCGAGAAUGGAAAUUUGCCACUGCUGAUGCCACUGCUGAUGCCACUGCUGAUGCCACUGCUGAUGCCACUGCUGAUGCCACUGCUGAUGCCACUGCUGAUGCCACUGCUGAUGCCACUGCUGAUGCCACUGCUGAUGCCACUGCUGAUGCCACUGCUGAUGCCACUGCUGAUGCCACUGCUGAUGCCACUGCUGAUGCCACUGCUGAUGCCACUGCUGAUGCCACUGCCGAUGCCACUGCUGAUGCAAAAUUGCACAAAAUUGCCACUGCUGAUGCAAGACAAAGA